AAACUCGCAGGUUCAGGGUCCCUUCUGUGGACCCCCUUCCACGUCAAACCAAAACAACGUAAGGACCCGGUACGAGGACCCUCAGCUGAGGGACGCUUUCGGAGGACUGAAUUUUGGGUGUUCGUCGAUGUAUGUUGGCCAGGGGACGCUUGUUAAUGGCUUCUGUUGCGUCUAUUUGGGGCUAACUCGAACGAGAACCGGUUUCGCCAGACAUGACGAGGCAACGUCGAAUCAGAACACCGUCAAGUCAACUGACAUCCAGUGGAGGACACUUCCACCAUGACUUGGCUCUCCUGGACGAGGCGAAUGCUGCACCGCGGUCAGAUCGCUCCACCAGAUCUGACAAGAAGAGAAAAGGAUCGAAUUCGAGCAGAUUGUUCCCGGCAGUUGUUUUUGUCAUUUUUGCCGGGAUUGUAGUUUUAGCUGUCGCCUAUUUUCUUUACUUAGGAUACAUGGAAACAAGAAUCAAUACGCCAAUUUCAUCACCGAAGGUUGUCAAAAGAUCCGGACUAGCAGUCCCUGAGAGAUAUUGGGGUACUUACAGACCUGGUGUUUAUUUUGGCACCCGAACACGUCAUCCAACGUCUUUGGUUACUGGAAUGAUGUGGUUUGUCCCAGGGCAUUUCCAAAACAACAUGCUUGCACUUAGACACUGGUGUGACCAAGGCGAUGACCUUUCCAAGUAUGGAUGGGAAGUUCAUGAUGGCCGCUUCGCAGGUGUGCAGAAGAUUGUGGACAAACAUGUCAUUUUACAAACAAGUUUUGUGAAACGAAUGGGUGGCCAGCAUGGGGGUGAUUGGUCUGCAAGGAUUACUGUUCUUCCUAAGGGUAAGAAAGGUGAAGGUACCCAGGCCUCCUUACUGUACUAUGUUGCACUGGAUCCUGAAGACACAACCGGAGUAUUACAACCUAUGAUGGGACCAAGUCAAUCACUGGGUUCUCUGAGAGGAGUGUCAGACAGUGUAGGAGGCUUUCGACUGCAUGUGGUGAACAGCUCCGGGGAAAUUUUACAUCACCAUUUACUAAGUACAAAACAUAUGGGUCUUCACAUGUUGAAGGAAACUGUCUUCAGAGGUUUAAGAGUAUUUAAUAGUAAUAGUGAAAGCGAUAAGUACAUUGGCUUAGCAGGAGAGGUAUUCUCUCAUGAGGACAUGGACCGUCAGCCAAACUUUGUUGUUUACCAGGUAACCGGACAAGUCCCGUUUGAGAUAGAGAUAGUAUAUGAAAGUGACAGUUUUCUAAAAAGGCCAGGUAUGCUCAUUGGGGAGACAUUAACUGAUGAAUUGAAUGCUUUUGUUGAGAAAUUCCACAAUGAUUUCAGUGAGAAGUUUGCACUAGAGGCAAAAGGCUUUUCUGAAGAGGAAGUGUCCAUCGCGAAAGCUGCAUUGAGCAAUAUGAUUGGAGGAAUAGGAUACUUUUAUGGAUCAUCUAAAGUGUUAGGAGAGUAUAAUACUGAUCCUGUUCCUUACUGGAAAGCUCCUCUUUAUACCAGCGUCCCUUCAAGGAGCUUUUUCCCUAGAGGGUUUUUGUGGGAUGAAGGUUUCCAUAAUCUUCUAAUUUCAAAAUGGGACCGAGAAAUAUCUCAGGAUAUCUUAGCACAUUGGUUCGAUCUCAUGAACUGGGAUGGCUGGAUUCCCAGGGAACAAAUCCUGGGCCUUGAGGCUCGUGCCAGAGUUCCAGAUGAGUUUGUAGUACAAAGGGGUAAAAAUGCCAAUCCUCCUACUCUUCUUCUUACUCUUCAUUCAAUGAUGUCAGGCUUUAAGCGAGAUCUUUCAGACGAUGAUUAUGAAUACUUAAGUCGUUUGUGGCCACGUUUAAGGGCAUGGUACAAUUGGUUCAACUCAACACAGUAUGGUGAUCUUCCGGGAACUUACAGAUGGCGGGGCCGUGAUUCCAGGGCAGACAAAGAAUUAAAUCCUAAGACCCUUACUUCAGGCCUUGAUGAUUAUCCCAGGGCUUCUCAUCCAACAGCAGAUGAGAGACAUCUUGACUUGAGGUGCUGGAUGACAUUAGCAUCAGGUCUAAUGGCAGACAUUGCCAAACUCAUUGAGAAAGAUCCAAAUAAGUAUGAAGAAUCUAACAAAUACUUAUCGGAUAACAAUGUCCUAGAUGCCCUCCACUGGUCUUAUGCAGCAAAUGGCUACAUGGAUUAUGGGCUUCAUACAGAUUAUGCAGAAUUGAGGAAACUUUCAGAAAGGGCCGACAUGAAAAGAAUUGUUCACGACGAUCCAAAAUUAAAGUUUGUCGACUCCUUUGGCUACGUCAGUUUCUUUCCCCUAUUUCUGCAAAUUAUUGAUCCUUACUCUGCCAAAUUAGGUAAAGUUCUGGACGACCUGCGUCAGCCUGAACUAUUAUGGACCUCCUAUGGCCUGCGUUCCCUGGCAAAAAACUCGCCCUUCUACAGGAAAAGGAACACUGAGCAUGAUCCUCCUUACUGGCGGGGUGCCAUUUGGAUCAACAUGAAUUUUCUGGCAAUUCAAGCAUUACACCAUUAUAGUACCAUAGAUGGGCCCCACAAAGAUUUAGCUCAAGAGAUAUACGUCAACUUGAGAGAAAACGUAGUGAAAAAUAUAAUUCGAGAGUACAAAAGAACUGGGUACCUUUGGGAGCACUAUAAUGAUAAGAAUGGUAAAGGAGAAGGAUGCAGACCAUUUACUGGUUGGUCAGCACUUGUUGUUUUGAUAAUGGGAGAAACAUAUUGAGAAUUAUUCAUUGUUACGUGUUGGUGUAUGAUAAGGUUUCCGAUUUUGGAUCCUGUUUAUGCAUACAUUUUUUAAUUUGAUGAUAUGGGAAGUCAUUUUUGUUUUUCUUUAGUGUUUUAAGAUUUACAACUUUCUGAGGUUUGCCUUGGUAUUUCCAAUUUCUUCAGUCAUACUGUCCAUUCAUGUUGUAAGGUAUUCAUUAAAUAUGAAUGUUUAUUCUUUUAGUAAAGCCCUUCUAUAAUAGUAAAUUCAUUAUCUCCAUUAUACCUGAGAUGUAUACAGAUUAAUGAAGUUUAUUUUUUCAUUGUAUUGGUUCUCUACAUUUGUCGAUGCUAAAUUGAACAAAUUGAAGGAAUAGCAUAACCAGAAAUAUUCAACUUUGGCAUUUUGCUUUGUCCAGUAGGCCAGUGGGAAGGAAGGCAUAUUAUUUAUGAUCCUCUAUGGUAUUAUCCUUGUGAUUUUCCCAGGUUCCUAAACCCCUGGAUUUGUGCCUUUUAAGUCUCACCCUGAAGCUCUUUCAGUAUGUUCCAGAAAUGUACUGCAGUUACAAUACCACGUCAGUUACCUUCACUUCCGUGUGCGCGUCUGUUUGUCUGGCGUUCUUCCUCUGUGGAAAGGGUUUGCUAUCCCAUGGGUGGUAUCUCUAUUAUUUGUGUAUAGUCAUGUAUGUUAGUAGAAACAUACCUAACACUGAAGUGACUGAUACAAUUCGAAGAUGUGUGAUUAGGAAUUCUCUCAUCCUGGACGUUGAUGUGUAAUCAUAAUUGUGUUGAGGUUUUGUGAUUGGGAAACCAUCCUGUAAAUGAUGCCUUCGGCUCCUGUGGCAUUCUUGUAUAUUUUCUAAUUGUCCCUCCAUUUGUCCGGUUGCCAUGGGCAAGUGCUUUACAGAAAUCUUUGCUUUCCUGUUAUCAUGUCAAAUCUUGGCUGUUAUAGUCUGUAUUCUGGUGUCCUGGUAAUGAGUGGGAUCAGGAAGUCAUAAUUUGCAAAGAGUUAGUACUGUGUUUGUUCAUGAAGACACCUUCUUUACCCAUAUCCACGGUUAAACCAUAGAUUUUAAGGGGCAUGGUUUUAUUUAUAUGUUCAUACCAAUUAUUUAUUGCUUGCAUAUCUCCUAAAUUCCUGGGCAGUCUUUUUUUUUUUUAUUUAUUUAUUUAUGAGAACUAGUGCAGUACUUUCUCCAAAGUACCAAGUUGUUUGGUGUAUAUAUUUAUUAGGUCAGAGAGACCUACUAUUAUACAGUUCAUUGUAUUGUAAGAUAUUCUUUGUUUAUUUUUUUAAAAAAAGAAAUCGUGAAACUUGUUAAGCGUGAGUUACUUGGUGCUGUAACUGACCAGGAAGCUACAAGGGUUUGCUUUAAAACAGGGUAUCCCAGUUUGUUCUUGCUGGAUAGCUUAGAGAGUUAUCCUUAUGUGUUUCACUGUUAAAAGAAUUUUGUCUGUGAAUUUAGAAUUCAUUUGAAGUUUUGAAAGUGUCGGAAUUGCCAUCAAAUUCUUCCACUUUGUGUAUUUAAUUUUUGCUCUAGGGAUAAUUGCACAUCAUUUUCUUAACUGCAUUGUUUAUAUUUGAGUGGGAUUUUUAGGUAAAUACCUGCCAUCCAUAUAGAAGUCGUUUGACUAAGUGCUCUGGUUAAACUACCCAAUAGUAAUAAAAUCAUAUAUAAUUACCAUAUGCAUUAGAAUUUAGGAAUUGAUCUUGAAAAUAAGGCUUUGCUAUUUUAUAAGAUCAUGAAAUUUUUAAAGAUUUUUUUUUUGCAGUUUUAGUUUUUUGUUUUUUAUUUAUUUGUUUAUUUUUUAAGAACAAAUCCUUUCACGCUUCACAAUAUAAGGUUCUGAUACUAGAGACAGAUUUGUGUAUAAAGUACGGUACCUGAUGUCUUCUUUUAACAAGUUAUGUGAUAGAUGACUACUGUUGUCUCACUGAGUCAAGAUAUUUGCACUUCACCUGACAUCCAGUUAUUUUAGUAAAGUUUCCAAGAAA